AUGACUCCACAGCUCCUCAAUCAAUAUCUUGCAACUUCUUCAUCAGCUCAAAGCCAGAAUAACGGCUUUAAUUAUAGACCAUCACCUUUUGAAAGCACCUCUGCCAGCUCUACUUCUACAGCACCAAAUCUUUAUAAUGGUGGACCAAAUUUUAAUGCUGGAGGGUAUAAUCCUGUUAAUAAUGGGUAUUAUCCUGGUAAUGGCUUUAAUGGGUUACAAGGAGGUAACCCAUAUGCAUCUAAUUAUGGCACAGGCUUCAAUUUAGCUCCCUAUGGUAAUGGUUUAGGAAAUUACAGGGGAGGUUAUCAAUCAGGCAACACUGGUCCAAUUUAUGAUUCACCUUCUGGAUAUUCAGGAGGAGCAGGAAUUUUCAAUGGCGGAUAUGGAACAGGAACCGGUGCAGGAUAUGGAGUAGGAACUGGAAGUGCUCCAGCCUAUGGUUCAGCUGAUUAUGGUUCAACGUUUUUUCUGUCCAACCCUGCAGCUGGAGCAGGUUAUACAGACAAUAACUAUGGCCCAAAAAGUUAUGCUGGACCAAACCAUGACCAAUCAUAUGGUAAUAGCCAAACUUCUGACCAAUACAAGUACAACAUGAUCAAUGACCUAACUCAACAAGUGCAAAAUUUAGAAGGGGUUAUUAAAGGCUUAAACCAAGGAGGAAGCUACUACAACGGCAAUAGCUACGAUGAUAAAGCCUCCAUAAUUAGAUUAGACCGACGAAUUCAGGAACUUAAAGGCGUCAUAAAUGGUCUCAAUAAACCAGGUUAUCCUCAACAAGGCCCAUACGAACAAUCUCAAUAUCGUCAAAACCAGCCACCACAAAACGCACCUCCACAGCCAUCAACCAGUUCUCAAGCCUCACAAAAACCCAAUUAUGCACCACAACCUUUACCAAGUACACCUCAGCACUCCUAUCGACCACCUCCUCCUGCAGCGCAAACAUCCAGUAGUACUGCUGCUGCCAGUACUGCUCCACCUUACCAACAACCAAAACACUCUACAAUGGAAGACAGGAAUAUGAAUUUGUUACGCAACAUUAUGUUUAAUGAAGAUAAAAGAAGGAAGAGGCAAAUUGGGCCUGGACAAAAUAAACAAUUUGGAUUUGGUGAAGAUCCUUUGACGAAAUUGGCUGAACAAUUUAAAAAAUUCUUUGAUGAAAAUUUAGGACUAAAUGCGCAACAACAACAAAGAAGUUCCAACGAAUUACCCCAAGAACGUAGCAGUGCUCUGGACGGUUUGCAAAAGAAACUGGACUCAUUAAAGAUACAGUUAGGCUCGCACAACCCAUACUUGUCUGAUGUUUAUAGUAAUGUGGCUCCAGCUUACGGCCUGGAAGAUAACUUUAAAAAAAGUUUCCCUUUGCAAACUUUUGAAAAUAAAAAAGUUGAUUUUUUGUCUGAAACAAUUGUUAAAAUAUUGGAUAUAGGUCUUAAAUUAUUACCGUCAAUUUUUAGUAAACUUUUUGGUAAAUUAGUUGUUGGUGUAGGUGAUUCUUAUGGAGACUACUACAGUCCUUUGCAAAAUUUGCUACAAAAUUUAGGCCCUUUGGGUUAUUUUCCUCUCAUAUUAGUGAAAAUUUUAGAAAGCAUUGGACAAAUAUUCAAAUAUUUGAAGAAAAACCAUUUUUUCAAAGGCUUUUUAUUACCAGCAGGUGUUUUGGGGCUUGUGGCAGGUGCAAUUUUAUUUCUUAUUUAUUUUUUACAACAAGAUGAACCUUAUGGUUAUAUAAGUUAUGAAGGGGACAAAGGAUACUAUCCUCAAUAUGAGCAUAAGAGCUAUGAUAAUCACUAUAGAACUACAACAAAUCCAGAGCUGGAUAGACCAUUUGAAAACCACUAUAGAUCCACAACGAAUCCAGAGCUGGAUAGACCAAUUGAAAACUAUAGAUCAAUACCUAAUACAGACCCAAAGCUGGAUAAUAGGCCAAAUUACAGAGCAAUGGAACCAACAAACAAUAAUUAUUUUAAUGAAAAGUUUAACUCUAAUGACAAUGGGAAAUUUAUGGGACACAAUAAUGUGUAUUCUAGGGGUUAUUAUUUAGAUAAUAGAUAG